GCCUGUUUUUGUUGUGCAACGUAGCUGAGAGGGAACCAAGGAGUAGUGUGUGAAUCCAUGCACGUGUUAGACAUAUCUUAUGUUUGAUUUGAAAUGGGAAAUGUGUGGGGUUUAGACCAGUGUUAGCUUUAUCACCGUGGACCAGGAGAGGCCAAGAGCACGUCAAAAAAAAAAAAAAGACAGGUGGGAAGAGUAAGUAGCCAUAGUAUCAAGUGCGGUUACUGAAGGGUGACAGCCAUAGGCCUGACUCGGUCUGUGAGUCCGCUAUGCUAUAAGAUGGCGUCCAGCUCUGUGUUUCUGUCCAGUAUGGUGGGAAAAGCUCGCUCCUCCAACUUCACCCUCUCCGAGAAGCUGGACCUGUUGAAGCUGGUCCGCCCUCACAUCCGCAUCCUGGAGGAGCACACCAACAAGCAUGCGGUCAUCGUGGACAAGAACAAGUGCUGGGACACUGUGGCUGAACAGUAUAACGCCCUGGGAGGGGACAGACCCCAUCGCACCGCACAGGGCCUCAGGACCCUUUACAAGAGGCUGAAGGAGUCAGCCAAGCAGGAAGUGAUGCAGCGGAGACACGCCCAGCCAGAGUACAGAGCGAGCAUCUCCGAGCCAACUAGGAGAAUUAUGGAGAUGAUCCCUCACCUGUUUCACCAUGUGCCCAUCCACGAAAAGGACCAGGCACUGCGCAGAUUAAUAUACAGCAAGCACAGCUCUCCCAUCGAACAUCCUGGCAGCAGCUCCUCUCUGGCUGGACUCCAGGAUUACUCAGCAGCUGUCCCAAGUAUCCCCCAUGAGGUGGUCCAGCUGGACCCUGAAGAGGAUGUCAAACCACCGCCAGACCUCCCCAUCCUCUCCACACACACAGGGCCAGGGCUGGACGGAGGCCAGGAGCGGGAGGGGGAGCAGGACUUGGGCAGCGUCCACGAUUACGAACCAUCCCUGUCUCCCACCCCUUCCUCCGUCAACAUCCCCCUCUCCACAUCGCCGCUGCCCUUACGCCAUGACCUCUACCCCAACGACAUCUACACUCACCACGAGCCCGACAGGUUUCGCCCUCUGCACCUGGCCAAAGAGGAGCAUGAGUUGGUGUUGGCCAAUCACAGGAAGGUGGCCCUAUACUUGGAGGAGAAGAGGGAGGGCCUGAAGAGGAAACAGGAACUGGAGGAGGAACUUCUGAGAGCCAAGAUCAAAGUGGAGAAGCUUCGGGCUGCUCGACUGAGACACGGACUGCCAAUUCCUCUAUAACAAGCAUGAACACGCACAUCUGUGUUAGAAAGGGAGAGGCUCUGAGGAGUUUGAGGUGCGGAGCAAUCGCAUCAGUUCCAUGUUUGAGAGCCGUUUCAGAACUUCAGUUUCUUUUGGAAACAUAGUGCCUCGUACAGACACUGAAAGCCUGAUUGCGUAUUGCAGGAUAAGGCUGACUUGUGUUGCCAUCAGUCUUUGUCUACGCUUGUCAGUGUUAAAAAUCUGCCGGUGUUCUCUAACUCAUUGACAGAAACGGCAACAAAACUUGUACUGUAGAUGCUCACAUUACAAACACUGUGACAGUCCAAAGUAGAUCAAAUAAAUGUGAAAGGUUUUGGAAGGGAAUGUUAGUAGUAAUGAGUGACGUGUACCGUGAUGUCCUGGUGCUUUUCCUGCUUACAGUAGAUCUGUAUCAAUAUGUAUCCAUGGGAAUUUCAGCACGGUGUUAAUGAUCGUCAUUAUUCAGGAUUGUUAGAGAAAUUAUUCUCAUAGCAUUUACUCUAAUGAUAUACUGGAGGGUCAUGUUUUUGAGUCUGCCCAGAUCAUAUCGAGGGGUUGUUUAGCACUCUGUUCAUUCUUUGUAAAGAAAAUUCCCACUUGAUCUGACAUCUAACUCAGAUGUGAUAAACUAAAGAGGCAUUUCCUUGUAGCACUUUUAGGUAACCAAAUUAGGGUUACUUUUUCUUACAGUUAUGUUAAGAAAUGAAAGAGAAAAUGAAAGCGGUGGAAAAAGAAGCACUCCAAACCAACUUUUUAUAGAAGUGAGAAAUUUUCAGUCACCCAGAGUUGAAAUUAAACUGUUGAAGGCCUUAACACACGAUUCCAAUGAUGGCAAAUCCUGUGAAGUGAGUUGCUGAAUUCAGAUGGAAGUGAGUCAAAGAUGUUCAAGUCAGAAAUUCUCUGUGGUUGCUGAAUUUGUGGCCAGUUAUGUGAUCAAAAGAAGGGAGAUGUGGAAUUGGUUUUGUGAUGUUAUUGUUAUUUAAUGUACUGUAUGUGACUAAAGCAUUGAUUGUAUUGUGAUGUUGGUAAACGAGUGUUGUCAGUCUCUUUCACAGUUUGUCCCUAUGUUCAUGUAUUUCUAUAAAAA